CCGGCGCGGAGGAAAACGUUGCGCAGGUUCAAAAAUGGAACGUCGGCGGCGGCGUGAGGCAGCGCGAGGGGGUGUGCGCGCGUGCGCGUGCGCGCCGGGCCGAGGGUGACGGGGACCCCGCGGGCCCCAGCAUCGCGCGCCGCAGCCGCGGCCCCGCAGCUCCGCCCCCGGCCCGGCCCGGCCCCGGGCCCGCUCGCCCGCCGCCCCGCAUGGAGCUGUCAGCCAUCGGUGAGCAGGUGUUCGCGGUGGAGAGCAUCCGGAAGAAGCGCGUGCGGAAGGGCAAGGUGGAGUAUCUGGUGAAGUGGAAAGGAUGGCCCCCCAAGUACAGCACAUGGGAGCCGGAGGAACACAUCCUGGACCCUCGCCUCGUCAUGGCCUACGAGGAGAAGGAGGAGAGAGACCGAGCGUCGGGGUAUAGGAAGAGAGGCCCUAAGCCCAAGCGGCUUCUGCUGCAGCGGCUCUGCAGCAUGGACCUGCGGAGCUCUCACAAGGCCAAGGGCAAGGGGAAGCUCUGCUUCUCCCUCACGUGCCCGCUCGGCAGCGGGAGCCCCGAGGGGGUGGUCAAGGCGGGGACACCCGAGCUGGUGGACAAGGGCCCCUGGGGGCCUGCCCUGCCCUUCCCGCCCCGCGGGCCCCCGGAAAGUCACAGCCAUGGACAGGAACUCUCCCCGCAGGACUCUGCAGCCCCAGACGCCCUGCAGGCGGCCGGCCAGUGGGAGCCUGCAGAGCAGCCCCCCGAGGAGGAGGCAGAUGCAGACCUGGCCGACGGGCCCCCACCCUGGACACCCGCGCUCCCCUCCAGCGAAGUGACCGUGACGGACAUCACCGCCAACUCUGUCACCGUCACCUUCCGCGAGGCUCACGCAGCGGAGGGCUUCUUCCGAGACCGCGGCCGGAAGCUGUGACCCAGGCUCCCACUCCUCCUCACCCGUUCUCUGGGGCGUGGGGUGGGGACCCCAGAGACCGGGAGGGGCUGGGGCAGGGUGGUCAUUUCAGUGGAAAAGA